CCCGUCUCGCCCGCCCGGCCGAGUCGCUGUCCGGGGAAACCCAGUUUCCGAGGAACUUUUCGCCGGGUGGCCGGGCCGCCCAGCGUGGCCGCCGGGGCGGGACUCGGGCGCGCGGCGGCGCUUCCCCGGAGAGAGGCGUGCGCAGCGAGCGGCCGCGCCAUGGACGAGACGGCCUUCAGCGAGGCGGCGCUGGAGCAGGCGCUGGCCGAGCCGUGCGAGCUGGACGCGGCGCUGCUGACCGACAUCGAAGAUAUGCUGCAGCUCAUCAACAAUCAAGACAGUGACUUCCCAGGCCUGUUCGACGCCCCCUACGCCGGGGGUGGCCCAGAGGGCGCAGACCCUGGCAGCCCCGUGGCCAGCUCCCCGGGCAGUCUGUCCCCACCCCCUGCGACACUAACCUCUCCGCUUGAAGCUUUGCUGGGGGCACCGAAGGCGGCCCCCUCCCCAGUGUCCCCUGUCCAACCCGCGCCCACCCCUUUGAAGUCCUACCCUUCCGUGCCCUCCUUCUCCCCUGGGCCAGGCAUUAAGGAAGAGCCGGUGCCCUUGACCAUCCUGCAGCCCCCGGCUCCGCAGCCUCUGCCUGGGACCCUCAUCCAGCAGAACUUCCUCACCCCAGCAGUACAGCCGUUUGGCUCUGCUCCGGGGUUGGGCUAUACCAGCCCUUCUGGGGGCUUUCCUACAGGGACCCCACCUGGGAGCACCCAGCAGCCGCUGCCUGGCCUGGCCCUGGCAUCCCCACCUGGUGCCCCUCCUGUCUCCUUACACACCACGGUCCAGAGCACAGCCCCUGCCCAGCAACUGCUGACAGCCACCGCGGCCACCCCUGCCACAACCACUGUGACCUCCCAGAUCCAACCAGUGCCGGUGCUGCUGCAGCCCCACUUCAUCAAGGCGGACUCGCUGCUGCUGACCACCGUGAAGACAGACGUAGGGGCCCCGGUGAAGGCGGCGGGGAUCAAUGCCCUGGCCCCCAGCACAACGGCCGUGCAGACCGGUCCCCUGCAGACGCUGGUGAGCGGCGGUGCCAUCCUGGCCACGGUGCCACUCGUGGUGGACACUGACAAGCUGCCCAUCAACCGGCUGGCAGCCGGCAGCAAGGCCCCGGGCUCGGCCCAGAGCCGCGGUGAGAAACGCACGGCCCACAAUGCCAUCGAGAAACGCUACCGCUCCUCCAUCAAUGACAAGAUUGUGGAACUCAAGGACCUGGUGGUGGGCAAGGAGGCCAAGCUGAAUAAAUCUGCCGUCUUGCGCAAGGCCAUCGACUACAUCCGCUUCUUACAACACAGCAACCAGAAACUCAAGCAGGAGAAUCUGAGCCUGCGAUCGGCGGCCCACAAGAGCAAAUCCCUAAAGGAUCUAGUGUCACCCUGCGGUUCAGGCGGCAGUGGCACCGAGGUGCCCAUGGAAGGCGUCAAGCCCGAGGCAGCGGACGCCCUGACCCCACCGCCCUCCGACGCUGGCUCACCCUCCCAGGGCAGCCCACUGUCGCUGGGCAGUGGUCGGGGUAGUGGUAGUGAUUCCGAGCCUGACAGUCCGGCCUUUGAGGACAGCCAGGUAAAGCCGGAGCAGCCACCCUCGCCCCGCAGCCGCGGCAUGCUGGACCGCUCGCGCCUCGCGCUGUGCGCUCUUGUGUUCCUCUGUCUGUCUUGCAACCCCCUGGCCUUACUCCUCGGAAGCCGGGGACCCCUUGGACCCCAAGAUGUCACCACCAUCUACCAUAACCCCGGGCGCAGCGUGCUGGGUACAGAGAGCCGAGAUGGCCCCAGUUGGCCCCAGUGGCUGCUGCCUCCUCUGGUCUGGCUGGUCAACGGGCUCCUGGUGCUGUGCUCCUUGGCACUUGUGUUUGUGUACGGAGAGCCGGUCACACGGCCCCACUCGGGCCCUGCUGUGCACUUCUGGCGCCAUCGCAAGCAGGCCGACCUGGACCUGGCUCGGGGGGACUUCGCUCAGGCGGCCCAGCAGCUGUGGCUGGCCUUACGGGCCCUGGGCCGACCCCUGCCCACCUCUCAUCUGGACUUGACCUACAGCUUGCUGUGGAACCUCAUCCGCCACCUACUGCAGCGCCUCUGGGUGGGCCGCUGGCUGGCGGGCCGGGCUGGGGGUUUGCACCGGGACUGGGAGCUGCGGGCAGACGCACGCACCAGCGCCCGUGAUGCGGCCCUCGCCUACCACAAGCUUCAUCAGCUGCAUGCCAUGGGCAAGUACCCGGGUGGGCCCCUCACUGCCACCAACCUGGCGCUGAGUGCCCUGAACCUGGCGGAGUGUGCGGGCGAUGCUGUGUCUGCAGCCACGCUGGCCGAGAUCUAUGUGGCAGCUGCCCUCCGGGUCAAAACCAGCCUCCCGCGGGCCUUGCACUUCCUGACGCGCUUCUUUCUGAGCAGUGCCCGCCAGGCCUGCCUGGCCCAGAGUGGCUCUGUGCCUGCCUCCCUGCAGUGGCUCUGCCACCCCGUGGGCCACCGCUUCUUCGUGGAUGGGGACUGGGCCGUGCGCAGCGUCCCACGGGACAGCCUGUACAGCGUGGCCGGGAACCCAGUGGACCCCCUGGCCCGGGUGACCCAGCUGUUCCGUGAACAUCUGCUGGAACGAGCCCUGACCUGUGUGGCCCAGCCCAGCCCCAGCCCUGGCUCAGCUGAGGGGGACAAGGAGUUUGCGGACGCCUUGGGUUACCUGCAGUUGCUCAACAGCUGUUCUGACGCAGCUGGGGCGCCUGCCUGCAGCUUCUCCAUCAGCUCCAGCAUGGCCACCACUGCUGGCACAGACCCAGUGGCCAAGUGGUGGGCCUCCCUGACCACCGUGGUGAUCCACUGGCUGAGGCGGGAUGAGGAGGCGGCCGAGCGGCUAUACCCCCUGGUGGAGCACCUGCCGCGGGCCCUGCAGGAGUCUGAGAGACCCCUGCCCAGAGCGGCUCUGCACUCCUUCAAGGCUGCCCGGGCCCUACUAGGCAGGGCCAAGGCAGAAUCUGGGCCUGCCAGCCUGGCCAUCUGUGAAAAGGCCAGUGGGUACCUGCGGGAUAGCCUGGCCAGCACGCCUGCUGGCAGUUCCAUGGACAAGGCCGUGCAGUUGAUGCUGUGUGACCUGCUGCUGGCGGUGCGCACGAGCCUGUGGCGGCAGCAGCAGCCGCCCGCCCCAGCCCCAGGGGCCCAGGCCUCGGCCUUGGAGCUGCGUGGCUUCCAGCGAGACCUGAGCGGCCUGAGGCGCCUGGCGCAGAGCUGUCGGCCCGCCAUGCGCAGGGUGUUCCUCCAUGAGGCCACAGCUCGGCUGAUGGCCGGGGCCAGCCCUGCGCGGACGCAUCAACUCCUGGACCGCAGCCUGAGGCGACGAGCAGGCCCUGGUGGCAAAGGAGAUGCAGCGCUGGCGGCCGCGGCCACGGAACUGGAGCCGCGGCCCACGCGGCGGGAGCACGCCGAGGCGCUGCUGCUGGCCUCCUGCUACCUGCCUCCUGGCUUCCUGUCGGCGCCCGGCCAGCGCGUGGGCAUGCUGGCCGAGGCGGCGCGCACGCUCGAGAAGCUCGGCGACCGCCGGCUGCUGCACGACUGCCAGCAGAUGCUCCUGCGCCUGGGCGGCGGCACCACCGUCACCUCCAGCUAGGGGCGCGCCGUCCCUGGGAGAGUGGGCGACCCUCCGUCCAGCGGCUCCCCAGGCCGGCCG